AUGUACGCCGAGGUGUGCACCAUCGCGCCAGGCGGAAGCAGCCGUGUCACACUGCCUGUUUACGCACCGUCUCCGGAAACGAAAAAGAACUUUGUCGACAAGCACAGCGGCAGCGGGGCCGGCACAAGCAGCGGUACGCCCAGCGCUUCCAUAGUUUCGUUUCCUUCUGUCCAGUAUCCCCCUUCCACUGUGGGCGGCAAACCGACGAGUGCCGCUUCUUUUUCGUCGGAUCGAGCAGCCCCACAUUCUCUCGAGAAGGGUGAAACGGCGAGGAUCACGCAGAUCGCUGCUUCCGACAGCCCGCUUCCCGCUGCAACGCCUUCCGUCGCUGGAGGCGGAGAGACGAAGAUGGACGAAACUGUGCCCUUUGCGGGUCCAAGGGGAGGUGCUGCUGUUGGGCCGACGGCCUCUGAAGAAAGCCCUGCUGGGGAUAAGAAUGAAAUCCACGCUGCUGCGCACGAAAGUGGGACCGACGGCAGUGCAGCUGUUGCCGUCGUUCCCGUUGUGCUGGUUGCUGUGGUCGCCGCUGUGGCUGUGCCCCUGUGA